AGACCAGCAACAGAUUCCAGACCAGCAGGAGGCUCUGUGCUUCAGAGGCCUGCAAUCCACUCACUGCAGCAACAGAUUCCAGACCAGGAAGAGGCUCUGUGCUUCAGAGGCCUGCAAUCCACUCACUGCAGCAACAGAUUCCAGACCAGGAAGAGGCUCUGUGCUUCACAGGCCUGCAAUCCAAUCACUGCAGCAACAGAUUCCAGACCAGGAAGAGGCUCUGUGCUUCAGAGGCCUGCAAUCCACUCACUGCAGCAACAGAUUCCAGACCAGCAGGAGGCUCUGUGCUUCAGAGGCCUGCAAUCCACUCACUGCAGCAACAGAUUCCAGACCAGGAAGAGGCUCUGUGCUUCAGAGGCCUGCAAUCCACUCACUGCAGCAACAGAUUCCAGACCAGCAGGAGGUUCUGUGCUUCAGAGGUCAACAAUCAACUUCAGGCAGCAGAAAAAGCUUUGGUCUCCCUGAGGCCUGCUUUCCUGCAUUUCUUCCAGCAGCAACACUAAGAGGCUGGACCUGAGGCCUGCUCUUCUCCUGGACUGGCUUGGUUGGAUCAAUAGGGUUGCUGGACAUUGCUGGGGACACCUUGGAUUCUAGAGGCUUGCAAUCCACUUCUUGAAGUAACAGCAGACUGAGAAUCAAGGAAGACUAUCCAAGAGGUUGGUGGAUAUGUGCUGAUUGCACUCAACAAGAUAGCAAAAAUCCCUCUGGAAAACCUGCAGAUAAUCAGAGGUCACACUCUGUAUGAUAACAAAUAUGCUCUGGCAGUUUUGUCCAACUAUGACAAAAACUCUACUGUGGGGGUGAAAGAACUGCCCUUGAGAAGGCUAACAGAGAUUCUCAAAGGAGGAGUGAAAUUCACCAACAACAUGUUGCUUUGUAACCUGGAUACCAUCCAGUGGAAUGAUAUUGUAGACUCCAAAGCAAACCCUGAAAUGUUUCUUCCCUCAGUGAAUAACAAACCACAUUGUCAAACAUGUGAUCCAGGGUGCUUCAAUGGGUCAUGCUGGGCACCAGGUCCUGACGACUGCCAAACUUUGACCAGGUUAAUCUGUGCUGAUCAGUGCUCGGGGAGGUGUAAGGGCCCAAAGCCCAGUGACUGCUGCAAUGACCACUGUGCUGCAGGCUGUACAGGACCCAGACCAACUCACUGCCUGGCCUGCCGUGCAUUCCAGGAUGAUGGGACCUGCAAGGAUGCCUGCCCUCAGCUGAUGCUGUAUGACCCCAACACACACCAGCUGGAGGUUAAUCCAAAGGGGAAGUAUAACUUCGGAGCCACUUGUGUGAAGAACUGCCCACGUAACUACGUUGUAACAGACCAUGGCUCAUGUGUGAGGACUUGUAGCUCUAAUACCUAUGAAGUGGAUGAAAACGGGUUGCGAAAAUGCAAAAAGUGUGAAGGGCCCUGUCCAAAAGCCUGCAGCGGAUUAGGGAUGGGAAACCUCAAGGAUGUCUUGUCUAUUAAUGCAACCAACAUUGAUUCCUUCAGAGACUGCACUACAAUCAAUGGUGAUGUUUCCAUCCUACCCGUAGCUUUUACUGGUGACAAAUUCACAAAUACUGCUGCUCUGGACCCAGCUAAACUUAAUGUGUUUAAGACUGUUAAAGAAAUUACAGGGUUUUUGCUGGUUCAGAAUUGGCCAUUGAAUCUUCCUGAUCUCAGUCCUUUUGAAAAUGUGGAAAUUAUUCGUGGGAGAACAAAACAUAGCACAGUUUCCCUUGCUGUGGUGAAUAUUCAGAUCAGCUAUCUGGGACUGCGUUCUUUGAAGGAGAUUAGUGAUGGCGACGUGGUGAUAAAAAACAACCCCAAUCUUUGCUACACAGACACAUUCCAGUGGAAUAAGCUUUUCAUUUCAGGCAAACAGUUGUAUAGUGGAGUUUCUUUAAAUGGCGAACAAGAUAAAUGUGCUGCUCAUGUUUGCGAUGAGUUGUGUACUGAUGAAGGAUGCUGGGGCCCUGGUCCCUCCAUGUGUUUUUCAUGUCAGUUUUAUAGACGGUCAAAAGAAUGUGUGGAAAAGUGCAAUGUCCUACAGGGGGACCCUAGGGAAUUUGUGGAAGAAACCAGAUGUCUUCAGUGUGAUUCAGAGUGCCACCCACAGAAUGGGACCGAUACCUGCAAUGGACCUGGCCCAGACAAGUGUACUGAGUGUGCCCAUUUUAAAGACGGUCCUCACUGCGUACCAAAAUGCCCUGCUGGCGUCCCAGGAGAAAACAACACAAUUAUUUGGAAAUACUCAGAUGCAAGCAAGGUGUGCCAGCUAUGUCAUCCAAAUUGUACCCAAGGAUGUAAGGGACCUGGGUUGUCUGGCUGUGACCAUCAGGGAUCAAGAAUAUCAUCUAUUGCUGCUGGAGUGGUUGGUGGCCUCCUCUGUUUUGUAAUCCUAGCUCUGAUGGUGUUCGUCUUAAUGCGCAGACGUCACAUCAAGAGAAAGAGGACACUACGCAGGUUACUGCAAGAGAGACAGCUGGUAGAGCCAUUGACUCCAAGCGGAGAAGCACCAAACCAGGCCCUGCUGCGGAUCCUCAAAGAGACAGAGUUUAAAAAGAUGAAGGUUCUUGGCUCUGGAGCUUUUGGCACAGUGUACAAGGGUCUAUGGAUUCCUGAAGGGGAAGAUGUGAAGAUUCCUGUUGCCAUCAAGGUUUUGAGAGAAGCAACCUCUCCAAAAGCCAAUAAAGAGAUCCUGGAUGAGGCCUAUGUUAUGGCCAGUGUUGACAAUCCCCAUGUUUGCCGUCUUCUGGGAAUUUGCCUGACCUCCACGGUGCAGCUGAUUACCCAGCUCAUGCCCUACGGCUGCCUGCUCGACUACGUCAAAGAGAACAAGGACAACAUCGGCUCCCAGUACCUCCUCAACUGGUGUGUGCAGAUUGCCAAGGGGAUGAGUUACCUGGAGGAUCGGCAUUUGGUGCACCGUGACCUGGCUGCUAGAAAUGUUCUGGUGAAGACCCCGCAGCACAUAAAGAUCACUGACUUUGGGCUUGCCAAGCUACUGAAUGCAGAUGAGAAAGAAUACCAUGCAGAUGGAGGCAAAGUCCCAAUUAAAUGGAUGGCCUUGGAAUCUAUUUUACAAAGGAUCUACACACAUCAGAGUGACGUCUGGAGUUAUGGUGUGACUGUUUGGGAGUUAAUGACUUUUGGAUCAAAGCCUUAUGAUGGUAUCCCAGCUAACGAGAUUGCAGGGGUGCUUGAGAAAGGGGAGCGUCUGCCCCAACCUCCAAUCUGCACCAUUGAUGUAUACAUGAUUAUGGUCAAAUGCUGGAUGAUUGACGCAGACAGCAGACCUAGAUUUCGGGAGCUGAUUGCAGAAUUCUCUAAAAUGGCUCGGGAUCCUUCUCGCUACCUUGUCAUUCAGGGUGAUGAAAGAAUGCACUUGCCAAGCCCCUCUGACUCCAGAUUCUACCGCACCCUGAUGAGCGGAGAGGACAUGGAGGAUAUUGUAGAUGCCGAUGAGUAUCUUGUUCCCUACAAUGGGUUUUUCAACAGCCCAACCACUUCCAGAACACAGCUGUUCAACUCAAUGAGUAUUAAUAGCAGCAUGGGAGCACCUGCCUGUGCUAACAGUAAUGGGGGAUACCCAAUAAGAGAAGACAGCUUCACCCAUCGAUACAGCACAGACCCCACAGGUCCACUCUCAGACGAAUGUCUGGAAAGGGAUUUUGAACCUAUGCCAGAAUAUGUGAACCAGAACGGACACGCGUUGUCUGAAAUGAUGAACCCCAUUUAUCAGGAUGUCCUCCUUCCUCGCAGCCCCACUCAGGGAGCUCAAGACUCUCACUAUCUGAAUUCUGUCAACAACACAGUGGGCAACCCAGAGUACCUGAAUACCAACCCCCGGCCAGUCUUUGACAAUCCACGCUACUGUGACCAAAAAUGCUACCAACAAACCAGUCUGGACAAUCCUGAUUAUCAGCAGGACUUUUGUCCCUUAAAAUCAAAAACAAAUGGUCAAUGUCCUGCAGCUGAGAAUGUUGAAUAUAUGGACUUAACAGCACAGCCAAAAGCCCACUAGGACAACGCUGGGUGACUGCUCUUUUAGCCUCCCUAAGAAUGGUGUUCCAAAGUUUCAGAGUGUCUGUGCAGCCAAUUUGGUAAAAUAAUUAAAAACAACACUAAUGUUUUUUUUUUCUCAUAGAAAGGGGUGCAUUAUAAGUAAUUCUCAAAUGUAGUUAUUUUCCAGUCAUUGUGAAAGAGUUAUUACUUGUCUCCUUGAACACUAUGGCAUUGUGCUAUAGUUCAAGUCUGUGUUUUUGUGUUUUUUUUUUAUUUAUCCUGCUUUAUCUGAGGUUUACUGUUCCCCUGAGAAAUUCACACACAUACAGAUAAGAAAACGUUGAGGUAUAUUCAAAUAUGUAAAUAAGCUGUCAGCCUUGGAUUGUUGUCUUUGUGGGUUGCUACUUCAGCAUUAAUUAAUUUUAGACUCCCUCUACAAGCAAAGACUUCCAAGCUUCACCACCUCAGCAUCAGCACUCCCUUCAUGACAAUAGAUGAAACUAUUUUUUUUUCCUGAUAGAGAAAUGCUUCUUGUCGGUGCAAAAAGACACUGAAAAUGCUAUUGUAUUUAAAGAAGUAUUUAUUGGAGCCAAAAUUAUGCCCAGGUUUUCAUGAGUACCUGAGGGCCCCUGACUGUCUACAACAGGGGUGCCCAAUCCUGGUCCUGGAGGGCCGAUGUCCCUCCUGGCUUUUGUUGCAACUGUGCCCUAAAUUACUCAAUUGGACCAAUCAAGCCCUUAUUAGAAGCUUAAUUGGUCCAAUUAAUCAAUUUAGUGUACAGUUUGAACAAAAACCAGGAGGGCAUUGGCCCUCCGGGACCAGGAUUGGGCACCCCUGGUCAACAUUGAACGGGUACAACAAAGAUUCAGUAUGGAACUCAAAAAAAAUAAGGGGGACUAAAUUGCUCUUGAUCCUAAUUGUAGCUGAUAUUGAAUGACAUGGCAGGAUACAUUUUCCAAGAUAUACUAAAGAAAGGACAUGUCAUUGCCUGAUUUAUUGGUACUACACCUGCAGCUUCAGUAUUUGUUGACUGGUGUUUUAAAUACAUAUAGGGUAAUUGUAUGUGUUUUUAUUUGUAUUUGAGACCAAGCAUGUCAGUUUAUUAACUCCCCAGAUAGAGCACAAGCACAGUUUUCUUGCAAUGAGAUGUGGACAUGAGAGCAAAAUUCUGAUUUAGUGAAAUAUUUUAAUUGUGCUACCAAUUGUGCCAAUGAAGUGCAUUUUAGGACUUGAGAUGUGAACCUCUGUGACUAGGGUGGGAAUCUAUAUGAACUUAUUCCACAUGAAAACUGGACUGUAGUUAAAUCAGAACCACCUUCAUUCCAUUUGUUCAGGAUGGACACAAAUACAAGAUGGUAGUGUAAACUUCCCAAUAUCUGGCUGUGAAAAACUGUGUAUCAAGAUCUUGUAUGCAUUGUUUAUUCAUAUAUCAAUUAGGAAAAAUAUAUAUUUAUUUUAGUAGUAGUAUCAUCACAAAUGCCCGUUAACAAGAAAACAUACUUUAAUACAUUCCAAAAUGAGCAGGUAUCUUUUUGCCUAUUACCCUCAAAGCCUAGUAAAUUAGGGUGACAGGGAACAGCAGAGAAUGAUGCUUGAGGGGUUGUGACUUAUCCCUUUGGAGACAAAAUAGCAUAAUGUAACUAUUCCAGUGGCUUUUCAACAGCAAGAGAGUUCAUUCCCUAAUGCAUUUAUAUGUCAUUUUUCUUCAGUAGCAUUCCUUUUGUAUUACAGUACAAAAUAAAUUGUAGCCUAUAA